GCCCUGGAGAAAUAUGAGGAAUUUGAGCUUAUGACUCAGAAAUAUGAAACGGAUGCAUAUUCAGUGAGAACAUGCAUGGAUGAAUGCAAGGUUGCCUACAAACCGUGGCUGUGUGCACAGUAUUUCCCCACCACACAGAGGCAUUGUGGGAGGACUGUACCGUGUCUCCAGUUCUGCCUGGAGGUUCAGCAGAGGUGUCCAUUCAUACUGCCAGACAAUGAUGAUCUCAUCCACGGAGGAAGCCCCAGCUUCAUAUGUACAGGGCUACUAGGGAGCCAUGGGCAGCCUAACAGCCAGGCAGAGUGCUGCGACGUCCGUUGGGACUCUAAACCGGACAACCGUUCCCGUGGGACACUGAAAAGGACUCCAACUCCCUCCUGCCAUCACCAAGAGGGGGUGUCGACAUCAGUCACCUCGGCCGCCACACCCACCAGACUGUGCAGCAGCAGCGGCCGGCUGAAGCUAUGCCUGCUGGUCUUCGUUCUCCUGCACACCGUAGUCACCAUCACCACCACCUCCCACAAUUCCACUGGGGUCGUCGGCGUGGCGGCCAUUUUCCCCCUGGAGGAAAGCUCCCCCAGCGAGGAAUGAUGGGAACAAAUUUGUAAGAAAACUCUGGGUUUUAUCUGGGAAUGAGUGAGUUGCAAAACCGGUUCUGACCAGUUCUGACUGCUGUGUCUCCGUUCAGUGACAACCCUGGAAGGUCACUGGUAUGUGCUGUCGAAGCCUCAUUGGGUCACAGGAAGUGAGAGCGGUGAUGACGUGGGAGGGGCUAACACACCUCAGACCAAAGGAUCAACAUCAUAUUACCGUGUCAAUCUAAACCUGAGUUCACCGUUUCAGUCUCUUGUUUCAUCAGAAUGUACUAUAUCGUUUCCUCUCUCCUCCUUGUUCACUUUUUUGUGGAGUUUGUUGGAAUGUAAAUGGGUUGUCUUAGAACAUAUAAGAGGCAGAGAAUUUUGAAAAAGUUAUCACCAACCUGUGUGUUUCUAUCCACCCCUCUCUUCACCAGUAACAUUUAGCUGCUUUUGAGGUGCCAGACUGGAUAUGGUAACAACACUCUUGACUCAAACACUCACACACAGAGUGGUGGAGACAUUGAAGAGAUCAGUCAUAACAGGGUUCUCUCAUGGCAGUACAUAUGACUCUAAUACAGAGCCAGUGAAGAGCAGGUGUAGAAUACCUUUUCACACAAUUUUGCCGACCUGAACCGUAUUGUGCUCGCUUGGAUUAUUUUAUUUACACGGUUGCAUGGUUCCAGCAAAUAUGCUGAAUGUGUAACUGGGCCAGUGCAGUACAGUACAGCUCAGCUCAGCUUGUCUUAGCUUGGCUCAGUAGUGUGAAUAGGG